CUGCUCGUCGUGAUAAUGUAAACGGCGAUGAGGCCAAACGGAGCGUCAGUCAGUAAACACCAAAAUGGACGAUGAUCUGUUCCAACUGAGACAGCUGCCUGUUGUUCGCUUCCGUCGCACUGGUGAGAGCACACGCUCUGAAGAUGAUGUCGAGAAUAGAGAACAGGUUAUCAGGAUCGCAGAGCAGACUGACUUGGAGUCUGUGGCACUUGCAGACGGAGCUCCUGUUCCUCGGGAGUUUGCCAAUCCAACUGAUGACACAUUCAUGGUAGAAGAUGCCGUCGAGGCCAUCGGCUUUGGGACGUUUCAGUGGAAACUCUCCAUCCUCACUGGUCUAUCGUGGAUGGCUGAUGCGAUGGAGAUGAUGAUCCUCAGCAUCUUAGCUCCACAGCUCCACUGUGAGUGGAGGCUGCCCAGCCUCGAGGUGGCACUGCUAACAUCGGCAGUGUUUAUUGGGAUGAUGAUCAGCUCCUCUUUGUGGGGAAACAUAUCAGACAAAUACGGCAGAAAGACAGGUCUCAAGAUGAGCGUGCUGUGGACUAUGUUUUAUGGCGUGAUGAGUGCAUUUGCACCUAUUUACGGUUGGAUCCUCUUCCUCCGUGCAUUGGUGGGUUUUGGCAUUGGAGGAGCCCCACAGUCGGUGACACUGUACGCUGAGUUCCUGCCUAUGAAGUCCAGAGCUACAUGCAUCUUACUGAUCGAGAUAUUUUGGGCACUGGGCACUGUGUUUGAGGUCCUCCUAGCGAUCCUGGUGAUGCCCACUCUGGGCUGGCGUUGGCUGCUUGGCCUUUCCACAAUUCCUCUCUUCAUCUUCGCCAUACUGUGUUUUUGGCUGCCAGAGAGUGCUCGAUAUGACGUGCUGACAGGAAAUCAGGAGAAAGCUCUGGCCACUUUGAAGCGCAUCGCUACAGAAAACGGAGCACCCAUGCCACUGGGAAAACUUAUUGCUGCCAAACAAGAGGACCGUGGAAAGAUCCGAGAUUUAUUUUCAUCACACUUUCGCUGGACAACAGUUCUGCUGUGGUUCAUUUGGUUCGCCAAUGCCUUCUCUUACUACGGACUGGUGCUACUCACUACAGAGCUGUUUCAGGAGGGAGGUGCUUGUGGAAUGUCCAAAGGUAACAAGAUGGAGCCCCGCUGUAGCUUGGAGUGUAAAUAUCUGAACUCUGAUGACUACAAAGACUUGCUGUGGACCACCUUAUCUGAAUUCCCAGGACUGCUGGUGACACUGUGGGCUAUUGAUAGACUGGGAAGGAGGAAGACCAUGGCGUUGUGCUUCUUCGUCUUCUCGAUGUGCAUCAUUCCACUCUACGGCUGCGUUGGGAGAGUAUCCAUGACAGUGUUGAUAUUCAUCGCCAGAGCUUUCAUCGCAGGGGGAUUUCAGGCUGCCUAUGUGUACACUCCAGAGGUGUACCCAACAGCAACCAGAGCGUUAGGUCUGGGAACAAGCAGCGGAAUGGCCAGAGUCGGUGCCCUCAUUACACCUUUUGUUGCACAGGUGAUGUUGGAGUCAUCAGUGUACCUGGCUCUGUCCGUGUACUGCUGCUGUUGCCUCCUAGCUGCCAUCGCCUCCUGUGCACUGCCAAUUGAGACAACAGGCCGUGGCCUGCAGGAGUCCAGCCACCGCGAGUGGGGCCAAGAGAUGGUGGGCCGGGCCUCCUCCCUCAGCUCAGGGGGAAUCCCUCCCUCCAGCUCCGGCUCGCAGGGCUGAGGACACGUCUGCUAGAGGACAACUGAGAGAGGUGACCACAGCGAGGAAAAGAGGCAAGGACAGGCAGAAAGAAGCUGGACCAGCUUUUUGUGUCCGUCUCCAGUCCCAUCCUAUGACUCCUCAAUUUAGGCACCACAGUGGCUUCAGAGAGCCAGGCAGCACCAUAUUAUAUAUUAUAUUAUAUAGUCUUCAACCACCAUUGCUGUCACAAUUUUGCCACUGAAUAACUGCACACAGGGUAACUGGAAAGACCAAACGACCUACAUGAGUGCAAGAUUGAGAAAAUAAAUGGUGGAUGACGUGCAAAACAUUCUCGGACAAGCAAGAAUUCAAACACUUCAAGUAAAGUAUUUGAAUCCUGCUUUUCUAAUGCAAGAGUAGCAAAGGAGAGUACAGAGGAUAAAAGUGCGAGCUUCAAUUAACCAUCCUCUUUUCAAAGAGCCUUAAAAACUACCUAUUCUGUUUGUGUUUGAGAGACCCUCUCAGAAAGCUGUUUGUUAACAAAGAGCAUCAUCCUGUGCACAAAAAUUGUCUGUUUGAACACAAAAGCUUUAUAAAAAGUGCAUCACUGGAGUGAGGAACAGUUCCACAUCAUCAAAUCGACAGACAGUUAGAUUAAAAUAACAAUAAGGUCUGGGGUUACUUCAUUUAAGA